UUGGUAUUAUCGUUUUCUGCGUUGUUGGCCUCCAUAGACGGUAAGAUAAAGCAGGAAUUCUAACAAUUUUAGAAAUAUCCAUGAUAUAAAAAUGUCAAUACACAUUGCAAGUUCAUACUAUCAACAUAUAUACAUAAACUAUGGCAUGACUUAGCGCUAUUAUAUCUAACACUAAUACUAACACGAGCAUCUAUUGAGUUAGCGCACGAACCGUAUUGCCCCACCAUCAAUUCAAAGCGAUUCUCUCAGUAGCUCGACAAUAGUUGUUACUUACUCUUCGUGCAGUGAGACAGUUGCAGACAAAGUCACUUUUCUUUGACACUUUGUCGAAAAUAAGACCAAUAAUAAUAAAUACAAGUGAUCAUAAUUGAUACUAACUAACAGUAAUUUAGUUAAUACAUUUGUUCAGUAAAAUACUACUCUGGAAAUCCUUUAACGAAAAAAGCGAAAGUAUCCCGAAAAAAUGGCCGAAGAUCGCCCGGAAGUCAAGAACAUGCACGCGGUUUUGGGAGGAAUAAGAAAAUUUUCAAUCGAUUUUCACAAGACGAUAUCGGGUUCUGACAAAGAUAAUAUAAUUUAUUCGCCUCUAAGUAUCGGAAUCAUGUUAUCUAUGGCAGCUUAUGGGGCAAACGAAACAACAGAACAACAGCUGAUAUCUGGUCUACAUCUGCCUGAAGAUAAAGAAGCUAAUAAAAAUGGAUUUCAGAAGCUUGUUGAUACUUUCAGCAAAAUGGAAAAAGUAAGACUUGAUUUGGGUCAAAAAGUUUUCGUCUCAGAAAGUUAUGAAGUUAGACACGACUUCAAGCAUACGACCAAAAACGUCUUUGGGUCAUCGACUAGACACGUGAAUUUUAAGCACUCAUCAGAAGCAGUUAAAGCGAUCAAUAAGUGGUGUGGAAAAAAAACCAACGACGCUAUCACUCGGAUAAUCGAUUCUCAUGACAUAAAUGACGCAAUAAUGAUUUUGGCAAGUGUCGCUUAUUUUAGUGGUCCAUGGUUACUAAAAUUCGAUUCUGAAAACACCCGACCUAGGCUGUUCAAUAUUGAUGAAAAAACCACAAAGCAUGUCGACACUAUGUACCAGCUUAAUUCCUUUAAUUAUGGACCUUUGCCAGAUUUAGAUGCCAUAUAUAUCGAACUUCCUUACGAGAAACUUCACAGAGAAGACGCGACAAGCAUGUUUGUAAUUUUACCAAAUCAAAUUGGAGGUCUCAGCAAAGUUGAAGAUAAUCUAGAUCAGAUAAACUUUGCGUCGCUGGUAGACCAUCACUUGAAGACUGAAAUAUACUUGCACAUGCCAAAGUUCAAAGUUGAAAGUAAUCUGAAUCUUGAACCGUUUCUUGAAAAAAUGGAAAUGAGUAAUAUGUUUCGUGAUGACGCCAAUUUCUCGGGCAUUUCCGAGCGUCAACCACUUAAGAUCAGUAAAAUAAUCCAAAAGGCUUUGAUAGAAGUUCAUGAACAUGGUACUGAGGCGGCAACUACUAGUGAUAAUAAUGUGCUUUUUGAGUCAUCAAGGAGUUGGCACACGAUACCGAUCACUGUUGAUGUAAAUCGUCCUUUUGUUUUUGUUAUUUAUCAUAACGCUACAAAUAAUAUUUUACUUCAAGGACACGUUAAGUCGCCAAUGAAGGACAAAACGGCUAAAUUACAUAAAGGUAAUCUGAUAAGUUCACCCUUGAGUACAGGGAUUGCAUUAUCAAUGGCAGCUUAUGGCGCCCAGGGUGCCACGGAAUAUGAAAUGAAGUCUAAUUUACAUUUGCCAGUAGACGAUAAGCUAGGGCAAAAGGGUUUCCUGUCACUUAUUACGGCAUUGCAUAAAAUAAAAAAGGUCAAUCUUAAGUUAGCGCAAGGGUUGUUUAUCGACCAUCACUUGAAUGUCCAUCGGGAAUUUAGUAAUAUGACCAAAAAUGUCUUCAAAUCGCCUACAAGAAGACUUUACUUUGAAAAACCCGAGUAUACAGCUCAAUAUAUCAAUAACUGGUGCAAAAGAUUCACCAAAAACCUGAUUAAAGAUAUCGUUCAACCUGAAGACAUCAAAAAAGGCUUUUCAAUCCUCGUAAACGCAGUUUAUUUCAAAGGAUCUUGGAAGUCGCCGUUUAAAACCGAACACACCAGUCUGCAACCAUUUUUCACUAAUUCAAAAACUUACAAGUACGCUCCAAUGAUGUACCAAAAAAGUAGGUUUAAUUAUGGACUUCUCGCUGAAGGAAAGGCUGUUUACGUCGAACUUCCUUAUGAUACUAGCAAUCCCGGCCAUUCUCUGAGUAUGUUUGUAAUUCUACCGAUAAAAGAAGAGGGUCUGGAAGAAAUCGAGCAAACUCUAAGGUAUAUAGACUACAGAAAACUUCAUUUCAAAGGUUAUGAGAACAACAUAGAGCUCUACAUGCCUAAAUUCAAAAUCGCGAGCACGAUUGAUCUUCAACCAAUUCUAGAUAUGAUGGGAAUGCGGAGAAUGUUUCGUGAUCGCGCUGAUUUCAGCGGAAUCACUGAAAAAUUUAUGAAGAUUACUAAAGCGGUGCAGAAAGCUGUCAUUGAAGUUGAUGAAGCUGGAGCUUCUACUGGACUGGUUGGAAGAAUGACAUCUGGAGGAUAUUCUUCACGCAUAGUUCUCAACAGGCCGUUUAUCGUCAAGAUUGUCCAUACUUCAACGAAUACAAUACUUUUACAAGGCCACGCAUUGGCAGGAGAUGAAAGUUCUAACUUCAUCUGCUCGCCGAUCAGUGUGUCGAUGGUGUUAUCGAUGGUCACCUUUGGGGCUCACGGAAACACCGAGAAAGAACUGAGAAAUGCCUUGAGAUUAUCCGAAGAUGAUCAAGUUAACAAGAACGGCUUUCAAUCGCUUGUUGACACUCUGAAUGCUGUCGAGAAAGUGGAGCUUCGUUUGGCCAACAAAAUUUACUUCAAUGUAGGAUUCGACGUGAAGACAGAAUUUAAAGAGCUGACGGAAAAAACAUUCCGAUCUGUGUCGGAAGUUAUCGAUUUUGGAAAAUCUGCAGAAGCUGCUGGGACUAUUAAUAGUUGGUGUGGAGAAGAGACUAAUAAUUUCAUAAAAGACGUUGUUAAACCAGCUGAUUUAUGUGACUCGCAAAUCGUUCUGAUAAAUGCGGUGUACUUUAGAGGCGAGUGGAAGUGGAAAUUUGAUCCUAAGUAUACAGAACCCGAGCCGUUUCAUAUUGAUGAGAAUACUGUUAAGGACGUGCCGAUGAUGCGGAAAAAAGCCAGAUAUAACUACAACGAGCUGCCUGAUCUUGACGCUAAAAUUAUCGAGCUUCUUUAUAAAUUGGGUUUGAACGGAAUUUUUGAACCGUCUGCAAACUUUAGUGGAAUUUCCGAGUCGUCACAAUUAAGCGUCAGUAAAGUGAUACAAAAAACUAUUUUAGAAGUUGACGAAUUAGGAAGUGUUGCCGCUUCAGUAACUGGAGCAUUUAUUCACGACAGAAAUCCAUUCGCAAUGACUACACCUGUGAACGAGGCUUUACGCACCGUAGCAACAAGUCUCGAUAAAUUUUCAACCAAUUUUUACCAGGCAUUGGCAGGAGAUGAAAGUUCAAACUUCAUCUGUUCGCCGGUCAGUGUGUCGAUGGUGUUAUCGAUGGUCACCUAUGGGGCUCGCGGAAAUACCGAGAAAGAACUGAAAAAUGCCUUGAGAUUAUCCGAAGACGAUCAAGUUAACAAGAACGGCUUUCAAUCGCUUGUUGACACUCUGAAUGCUGUCAAAAAAGUGGAGCUUCGUUUGGCCAACAAAAUUUACUUCAAUGUAGGAUUCGACGUGAAGACAGAAUUUAAAGAGCUGACGGAAAAAACAUUCCGAUCUGUGUCGGAAGUUAUCGAUUUUGGAAAAUCUGCAAAAGCCGCUGGGACUAUUAAUGCUUGGUGUGAAGAAAAGACUAAUGAUCGCAUCAAAGAUGUCAUAAAACCAGAUGACCUGGACGGAGACACGAGACUCGUUUUGAUCAACGCAGUCUAUUUCAAAGGAAAUUGGAAGCAAAAAUUCGAUCCUGAGCUAACGGAACCCAUGCCAUUCUAUGUCGACGAAAAUACUACCAAACAAGUCCCGAUGAUGUACAGGAAAGCACAUUACAAUUUCGGCCAUAUUCCAGAGUUUGAAGCUACUUAUGUUGAGCUUCCUUACGAAAGCACUGAUUCCAGCGAUUCAAUCAGUAUGUUCAUUAUCUUGCCGACUGAAAUGAAUGGACUGAAGGCAUGUGAGAGACAUUUGCAUGAAAUAAAUUUCAAAGAUCUUCACAGAGAUCGCGCUCGCAUAGAAGUUGAGCUAAGGCUUCCGAAAUUUAAAAUCGAAAGUGAAUUCCAGCUCCAAGACACUCUUGUUAAGAUGGGAGUGAAGGAAAUCUUCGAAAAUUCAGCCGAUUUUGGAAACAUUACCGAUUCAGAACGAUUGAAAGUCAGUAAAGUUAUUCAGAAAGCAUUUAUUGAAGUUAAUGAAGAAGGCAGUGAAGCUGCAGCAGUAACUGUUGGAGCUAUGUUAAUGAUGAGAUGCAGUUUACCGAUGACAGUUGAUUUCACCGUGGAUAGACCAUUUAUUUGUGCUAUUGUGGCCACUCAAACUGGAGCACAACUUUUCAACGCCCGUGUCGUUGAUCCUAUUCAAGCUUGAUUCAUUUAUCUUCACGGCUUUCCAUUUUCAUUUUAUUUCAGUCUCUGAAUGAAAACUUUAUUAUUAUUUUAGCUUUGUUUUAAUCUCACGAAACUUCACUGUUUGUAAUGAUUAAUUUUUGUAAAUAACUAUAAAUAACUAUCAACUAUUCGUUAAAAAAAAUUCUUUUCAUUAUCACCUAACUUUAUUAUUAUU